CAUUUACUUAUGAUGUAAUACAAAGAGACAAUCUGAUCAGGUUUCAGAACACCCUUGCUAGGAUACCUUCUGAUCUUCAAUAACCCCACCCCACCCCACCACCUAAAUACAUACAAACUGGUGAUUAUUUGGCCAUUGUAGUACUAUUGACUAUUGUACAAGUUUUUAUCUCAUCAAAGGACAUUUCUUGUUUAUCCGCUACCUACCUAUCAUGUCCUCCAACAAGCACUGGCCUAGCCUGUUCAGGUCCAAGCCUUCCGGUUCUAAUCAACGCCAGCGUGACUCCAACUCCUCCCUCUCGGGCGGGGCAGGGGCUGAGGAGAGGACGCCAGAGCCAAAGCCUAGGUGGAAUCCCAAGCCAGAACAAAUACGUAUUCUGGAAUCACUUUUCAAUUCCGGGGUGGUGAAUCCGUCCCGGGAGGAGAUAAGGCGGAUCAGGUUAAGACUGGAGGAGUAUGGAGAAGUAGGAGAUGCGAACGUAUUUUACUGGUUUCAGAACCGGAAAUCCCGGAGCAAGAAUAAGCAGCGGCAGCUCCAUAUCCAGAACGCCAUGGCGGCAGCGGCGGCUGCGGCAGUAGUGGAGCCACAGCAAAACCCUUCUCCUCCUCCUCCGCCGCCUCCAGCGGCGGUCACUUUCCUGGGCAAUAACCCUAUCAUGAUCGGAACCUCAUCCUCGUCCUCAUCUUCCGACAAUUCCGCCGACCACCUGGGCUUAUCAUUCUUCACCCACUCUCCUUCUUCGGUUAACCAGCAAACCUUGUACCAGGCUCCUCCUCCUAAUGAUCAUCUUCUCCCUGAGCCCUACUAUUACCCUCAACCCCCAAACACUUCCGGCGGCGCUUCUUUCACUCAAGGGUUUUUCCUCCCUGAUUCCCCGAAUGUUCCGCUCUCUUCUGAUCUCACUAUUGGGAAUUCUUCUGGGAUUUUGCCCACAGAGUUCAUGGGGUUUAACCCUCCUCCUCCUCCUUCUAAAGGCUAUGACAAUGAGGGCAUCAAUCUGGAUUUGGGUUAUGGCACUGUUACAUCACUCCCAACCACUACUGUUACUGCUCCCAAUGCUCCUCUCACCCUCCUCCCACCCCCCUCCACAACUGUUCCAUCUACUCUCUAUCAUUUCCAAGGUUUAGGGGACCUGAAUGUGGAUGCGGGCGCCGCGGUGGUGGAGCAGCAGAAAGCUACUCUUCUGAUCAACGGCAUACCGUUUGAUGUGGCGGCCGCCGCGCCGUUCGACGUCCGGGGGACGUUCGGCGAUGAGUCCAUGCUGGUUAAUUGCUACUCUGGUCAGGCUUUGGACACUAAUGAAUGGGGCGUCACUGUUAAUCCCCUACAGCCAGGAGCCGUCUACUACCUGGUCCGCUCCUCACAUGUAGAAGAAUGAAUGGUGGGUCGGUGUUGAUUGAUACCAAGAAAUGAUGAAAAAGUUACCUGCAGUUACCUAUUUGCCAUUGUUGCUGUUCCUUCUCAA